ACUCAAUCGAAAUAGUUCAUUCUUAAAAAACUUUUUUUUCCACCCACUUUCUCUUAAAAGUUUUACCCACUCAUUUGGUGUUUGUAAAUCCAAAACACUUGGUAGGAUUCUAAACGGACUGGCAUCGCUGUUCGUCUUCUCCAUAGCAGAUUCUCAACUGCACUCUAUCAUUUUGACGAUUCACUCUUUCGUGAAACAAUUUGGGGAAACUAAGUUGCUUAUGAUUUGGAUUUGAUGAUUUUUUUAUAGACGGUAAUUGGUAAAAAUGAAUGAAAGUUUAGAACACAUAUAUCUCAUGUGUGAAAUCCUUCUUAUAUUACUAAGUGUCGGUGUCGUGUUUCUGGCGUCUCUGCUUCACAGGCCGUGAGGAAUUUAUUUAUGAAAAUAAGUUGUUUUGAUUAGUUAUUCCUCAACUAGAGCACCGGAUAACAAUUACUGGAUUUGUUUAAAUUGUUUUCUUCAGGCUAGCGUCUUCGCAAGAUGAGUAAAUCAAAAGCAGAUGAGAAGAUUCUCAGCUACAAUGAUGUGGUGCUGAGACGAUCUGAUCUAGACAUCCUCGGUGGUCCAUAUUUUUUGAAUGAUCGAAUUAUCGAGUUUUAUCUGAGUUAUCUUUCGUCAUUCUAUCCCUCUUCGGAUAUCUUGUUGGUUCCACCAUCCAUUGCGUUUUGGGUAAUACAAUGUCCUUUUGCCGCGGCUUUAAAAGAUUUCUUAGAGCCUCUUCAUUUGUCUGAAAAGGAACUUGUUUUAUUUCCCGUCAAUGACAACGAAGACGUUAACACAGCGGAAGGUGGAUCGCAUUGGAGCUUACUUGCAUACUACCGCAAUGCGAAUCUAUUUGUUCACCAUGAUAGCUGCAGAAGCUUAAAUUCAGAACCUGCUAUGAAACUCUAUAAAGCUGUUGUAGAAUAUGUGGGAUUAUCUGAAUCAGGAUCCGAGGCCCGCUAUCUGGAAUGCACUGAUUCGCCUAAGCAAGUGAACGGUUAUGAUUGUGGCUUAUAUGUCACAGCCAUAGCAAGAGUGAUAUGCGACUGGCAUGUAAAUGGUAAAAAGACUGAUGCAAAUGAUUUGUGGUUCUCUGUCGUGAAGGAACGGGUUACUUCAUCUUCUGUUCACUGCAUGCGAACUGAGAUUCUAGUGUUGAUCAGAGAUCUAAUGGAAAAGCAUUCAGGCCAGCAUGCGCAAGAAUAAAACCGGGUUUCCACUAAUUCGAUUUUGAAGGCCUCUGAUUUAGUGUCUAGUCUAGUUUAGCAUAUUCAUGGUUGUUAGCAAGUGAAUACAUUUCUGCAUUUUUUUUCUUGGAACUGUGUACGAAAUUAGAUUUUCCUUUCACUUGAAUGUAGUGACAAGAUUUCUAUGUUACAAUGUGAUUAAUGUGAUAGAAUGUAGUACAGUCACAUUUUUAUCUA